CGUAUUUAUCAUUACAUGUAAAACACCACUCCUUGAGCACAAAAAAAGUCUACUUUCGCCUCAAUUGCUCCUAAUCAUGCGUCGCCCUCGUGCCCGAAAAAAGGGGCGCAUAGAUCAACUACCGUGGCUGUCGAUCAUUGCAGGAGCAGCCGCACUGCAACUUCUUCACGCCCUUCCCAGUGCGGGGGCGAUUCAAGUCAAGAAAACAGCAGCCAGCAAAAAUGGUAAUGGAGCAACAGCGGCGCACCAGUUGAAGAAGCAUAAGAUCUUCACGAGAGCAACCGCCAACGAGAGCCCCCACGCUGCCCCAAACACACCCGUGCACGACAACCCCUACCCGGCCGUCCACGACCGGAAUGAAGCGGACUUUGUCGAGGACACUGACAUAUCAAAUGUAAAAAUGUCUGGGUCUGGAAGGUUCUGACACUUGUCAUGCACGUUUUGCAUGAGCCCUGAUGUCUGUGAUGCAUGCCCUAGCAUCACAGAUUUUUUGAGAGCUUCUUGAUGCCUAUUUCGCAUGACAAAUGCCCUCUCCACGUAGCAAAAAUUACAUUCCUUGUGGUACUCAUGCAAUACAGAUUUUUCUGGAAUCCAAAUGCAGCAUCACUAGUUGCAUUCUUCCAGACCCAGACAUUUUUACAUUUGAUACGACAAGGACGACGGCAGCUGGCAGGCCAACAACCGGUACGACACGCUGCGGCACAGCAUCGCUAUCAAAUGUAAAAAUGUCUGGGUCUGGAAGAAUGCAACUUGUCAUGCUGAUUUUGGAUUCUAAAAAAAUCUGUAUUGCAUGGGCAGCAAUAGGAGCCCAGUUUGUGCUACGCGGGGAGGGCAUUUGUCAUGCGGGAUAGGCAUCAGGAAGGCCUCUAAAAAUAUGUGAUGCCAGAUCAUGCAUUACAGACAUCCUGAGUCAUGUAAAAUAUGCAUGACAAACCGGGGACGUUCUUAUGCAGUCAGCUGGAUGACUGUGACCUGGCUCGUACUGUGAACGCAGCUGGAUGACUGUGACCUGGCUCGUCUUCGAUGGGCAGGCGGAUGACUGUGACCUGUCUCGCCCAUCAAGAUCCCUAAUCCGUAGCUCCUAGACGUUGCCUGGCCCGCGAGUGACCUGGUUAUAAAGGGCUUCGUCGAUCGAUUGCGCCACUAGGGCCUUGUGUUCUGGCUACUCCGGAUCGCAAUCGAUGGAGGGCGGGACCUGCACCGGCGACAGGCGCUAUCCAACCAACCAACCAACCAAACCUGGUAACCUUCCAGACCCAGACAUUUUUACAUCUGAUAAUCGCGCACGCCAAGGAACUCGCGGCCAAAGCCAAGGAAGAUCUUCCGGGCUACACGCUCAGGUACGAAGAGUCGCAAAAGCAUUUCGGGUCGUUUUCGGAGCGGAAAAAGAGUCUCGACGAGGAGGUGAAAGCGAUCAAGGAGCUGGAAGACGCGGAGUUCGAAAAGCUCGUCGAGAUCAAGAAGCAGAGCUACGAAGAGGAAAUUCUGGUGAAGAAAAAGAAAAAGCUGCUCGAGCAGAUGAUCGAAAACCAGCGGAAGAGGGAGGCGGAUUUUUUGAAACAGAAACAAGAGCUGGAACAAAAGUUGCAACAGGAAGAGAAGGACUUGCAAGCCCAAGUGGACAAAAGCUCGAAGGAAUUGCAGCAGGCGGAGGACUAUCAAAUGCAAAUAUGUCUGGGUCUGGAAGGUUGCAACUUGUGACGCUGUCUCUGAAUUCGAAAAAAAUUCUGUAUUGCAUGACCAGCAACAGGGGUCCAGUCUGUGCUUCUACGCGGAGAGGCCAUUUCUCAUGCGGGAGAGGCAUCAGGAAGCCCUCUAACAAUCUGUGAUGCUAGGUGAUGCAUUACAAGCAUCAUGGGACAUACAAAAUAUGCAUGACAAAUGUGGCUUUCUUCCAGACCCAGACAUUUUUACAUUUGAUAAGGAGAAUUUCGAGGAGGUUGAGAGAAUGAUCAAAUCCUCGGACGAAUACGACAAAACUUCGAAAAGCGUCGACGUGCUAGCGGCGAAACGGAAGGAGUUGGUGAAAAGGCAGGAAGAUUUUGAACGGGAGUACAAACAAGUCGUCGAAAAUCACGAAGCGGCGGAAAAAGAUUACAAGUUCGCCAAGCAGAACGUCUUGGAUACGAAAGAAACGGAAGAGGCGCUAAACGUACUUCUGUUCUGAUGAUGUUUUUUGUAUUGUGAUGCGUACUUACCCUUACGCUACUGGAACUACUUACACCAGCUACAUAUUUUUACAUUGCCAUCAUGAUGCUGAUGGAUCUUCGCAAUACAAAUCUUAUCAGGCCGACCUGGACGACGCCGCAGCCAAACUCUCCGAAUACUCGACCAGCGAUACCAACCCCUGGUCAGGUAUGGAAGUGUCAGAAUCGAAAUUGGCAAAAUCGAAAAACUUGUGAUGCACAAAAUCGAUGUCAGUUGGAGCCUCAGUUUUUCAGUGGCGCAUAACAAAUUUCGGAAGCACCCAAACCCCGUCUGUCAUGCUGUUUGGACAAAGAAGACUCCUCCUGUCAUGCUGCUCUGGCAGCACAUUGUAUACUCCAAAACAGGCUUACAAUCGGUCUCAUUUGCCUGCCCCCCAAUACAGGCCUUCGGUGUCGGUGUCCUACAUUUUAUGCAUCACAAAUUUUUGUUCGAUUUUGUCGAUUUCGCUUCUGACACUUCCAUAUCAGGCUUGAUGGGCGGGGACGUGCAAGAGCCCGAAAAGGAGCCGAAAAACAGCUCUGGUCGCUUGUUUCACUUGAACCCAGCGGUGCUGAUCUUGCUGUUGGCAGGUUUGAUCGCGCUCAGCAUGGUGUAUGUGUCGGGUGCCAGCGUCUCAGUGCUGGUUUGGGGAAAGUAAGGAUCUGCCUGAAGUAGAUCAUUGGAUUUUCAUCUAAGAAGAUGUCGAGGACAAAAAAUCGAGUUUCGUUUUUUCCAAAUCGAUCUUCAUUUCGUUUCUUCAUCUUUUCCAUUUUUGAGCCCGGGAGAGCAUAUUUAGAGGUCCUGGCUGCUUCAGAAAAAACAAAUUGAUCUGCAGUAUUUCAGCUGGAACACGUUCAUGAGGCUCUGUUCAAAGGUCCUAGGCGUUUGUCG